AUGAAGGGGGACGCGGCGCGCAGGCGGAAGCUGGCAGGGAAGGGGCUUCCGCCGCCCCCCCUUGGCGCGCCGGGCAACGGGCUGCUGGUCCCUCGCCUGGUGCCCGUGGCGCACCGCACUCUCGCGCUCUGGCUGUCCCUCCAGGCGAAGAUCCCACGCCUGCUUGACGCCGUGCCCGCUCAUGCCUGCAGGCGGUGUCCGGAGCUCUCCAUUGCCCGCCACCCGCACGUCAUCCGCAACUGCAAGGGUCCGAAGCUGCACAGCCGUUCGGGCAGCCCGGGCAGCCAUGAAUGGGCGCCUGCCACGCCCUCUGACAUCCUCCCGGUCAUCGAAAGUUUUCAUCUGCCCGAUCGUCUGCACCCCCGUGUGCCACACGAGGCGAGAUUCGAUGUGGAGAGGAUCCCAGCUGUCAUAGAGCUGUGCGUUCAGGCGGGUGUAGACAUGCCCGGCCUGCGCACCGUGCGCCGAACCGAACCUGUGCAGACCACCAGGCCUGGCACCGGCCGGGCCUGGGUGGCAGGCUUGGAGGGCGAAUCGGAGUCAGGAGUGUUUAACAGGGGAGCAUAUAAGGGGGACGAGGGGGAUGUGGUGAAGGCGAUUCUAGAGAUGGCUGAGAUGGAAGCCGUGGGGGCGGAGGUGGCGUGGGAUGAGGGGUCCAGGGGUACGAUGAGGCGUGGGGAGGGGGGGUGGAGGGGGUUGAUGGAGGAGGGUGGUGGGGGCAGGAAGGAGAGAAGGUUGGAGCGGAGGAGCAAUACAGAGGCGGAUAGGAGGGAGAAAGGGAAGGGGGAGGAGGAGGAGGAAGAGGGGGGAGAGGAUGGGGAAGGAGCAGCGGAAGGGGAGGGGAGUGUGAGGGCGGUGGCGGAGGAGGCGUUGAGGGAGUGGGAGGAGGUGAGGGAAGGCGUGGAGAGGGUGAUGGGCAAGUACCCCGUGAUGGUGUGCGGAUACUGCCCUGAGGUGCACGUCGGUGCUGCCGGCCACAAGGGACUCUUUUCCGUGUUGAGGUGCUCUGUUGCAUCUUCAAGUGCUGUUCUGCAAGAUUCAGUGCACCUCAGCAGGCACUGCCACCACCACCAGCAAGGCCAGCAGGCAGCUCUGCUCCCCUUCUCCUCAAACCCCGUCUUUAACUCACGAAUUGCCAGAAUUUCGCAACUUACCACACGUCCCGCUUCUCUCUGUCCUCCCUGCUCCCAGGUGCGUCUGUGCAACGCGUCCAAGCAGCAGUGGCGCCACGGGCAGCACAGGUGGCAGUCGGCAGUGCUGGCAGACCUGCUCCCCCCUGUGCCCGUCUACCACACGCGCCACCCCUGCGGCCCCCCUCUGCUGCACGAGCUGAGGGCCUUCUACGGCCGAGUGCCCGCGCUCGUGGAGCUCUGUGUGCAGGCCGGGGCGCCUGUUCCAGAUAAAUGGCGGCGAUACUUGAGGCUCGAUGCUGCAAUUCCUGAUGUCGAUGAUGUGGAUCACGUGGUGUAA